UACGCGUGCGCAAUGACCCCUAGAUCCUUCCCUGAUGGACAAGGAAGUCGAGAUAAACGAAAAACCAGGUGACAACUCGAACUUGUCAACUGAGAACAUUUCCAAGAUUUCACGAGCAUUUGGUAUGGUGUCACAUUUUAUUUGCGCCCUCUUCACGGGGUUCGUAGUAUACACUGCCUGGCCUGGAUCCAGUCUAUUCUCAUGGCAUCCUACCCUGAUGACAAUUGCAUUUGCUCUCCUUGUGGCUGAAGCAUUGUUUAUGUUUUCACCAGAAAGUUCCCUGGCGUUAAAAUCACCUCGAAGUGACAAGAUCAAAUAUCAUUGGAUUCUUCACACAUUGGCACUCGUUUUUGGUUCCUUGGGAUUCUUUGCCAUUUUUUACAACAAAGUUCUCAACGACAAGUUACACUUCCAAUCAUGGCAUGGAAGAAUUGGACUGAUAACAAUUGUUUACUUUUCAUCACAGUGUCUUGCUGGCUCAACACUACUCUAUCCAAAUUUUAUGAAAUUCAUUCGUCUUGCUGAUAAGAAAUUAUACCAUGCUACUUCAGGGACAGUGUUGUUUGCAUUGUUAAAUUUAAGUUUAGUUUUGGGGAUGUGUUCAAGCUGGUUUACCACGCAGGUUACUGGAACAGCUUGGUAUGCAUGCAUCCUCUGUCCACUGUUGACCACUCUUAUGGUGACCAUCCAGGUAUCCAAUGCUUAUAUUCGGACCAAGAAGGUUAGUCGCCCUAAAAAUUAAAUACAGUAUAUCAGUUAAGUCUAUGCUUAUUUUGAUGGUGCCAUUACCACAAUUAUUCAUCAAACUUUAAAAAGUGCCGAAAUGUUGGUAAAAAGAUCCAGCAAGUAAUUGUUGUGGCAGCAGUCCAACGGAGAUAAUGACUGCUGAAUGUUAAUGACCUGUUUUGUGCCCUCGCCAGGAUACGGCGGAAUUGUGUCUUCAGAAAAUCCCAUAUGAUGUCGUAUAUAAUGUCGUUUUGAAAGUGCAUCGUCCAUCUUAAAGCAUAUCAAUUUUCUGUGUCUGGGUGCAUGUCUGGGUACGGGUACAUGUAGGCCCUUUGUAUUCGUCUUCAGUCAUACAAAGUAGUUGAGACAGAGCACUGGUAUUCAUUAUCACUAUCAAUAUUAUUCUUGCAUGUUUAUCUGUCUCUCUGCUGUAAGUAUUAUGCAAAUAGUUUUGUAUUUUCUGUGUUCUAAUUUUAUACAUUGUUAUGAUACGUCAGUACCACAGCUAGAGAGUCUGGUGGCCUUGGCUUGUGUGUCAUCUGCUGGGGGGAUUUACAUGAACUCCAGGAUAUAGAUUGCGAUGUCCUGUAUGGUGGUUAGGGAGGUUGAAGCCGUGCCCUAUGAUAUCGUGGCGACAUUUUAGAGACGCUGUAAAAGUGGCCUUGAAAGCAUUCUAGUAAGGAACAUUUUGUUCCGCCGACACACUAUUUGUGACAUUGUCCGCAUUGAAUGCCAUGCCGAUCUACCGUCAUUGUGCGUAUAAUAUCCAUCCUUCAAAGGAGGAGACUUUAGGAUUGACAUUCACUGUCCGCAUGAUUGAAUGCAAUAAAUCACAUUGUUACUCUCACAACAAA